AUGCAUAAAAUGGCUAACCACGCCAUAAACCUGCGCUGCAUAAAACGAAAAGUACUUGAAGCUGCAGUUGUUUCAUUGAAUUGAAAAAAAUUUCCACCUUAAAAAGAAAAAUCAUUAUUUAAUCCACUCUCUUACAGGGCGUAUUUAAAAAAAAAACACAAUUCCGUCUAUCACUAAUCAUGUCAUAACUGUUCUUAUAUUCUGUGUAUUUUCUUACACGUUUUUGCGGGCAAGUUUGUAGAUCUGUAUUGGUAUCUGGGACAUUUGUAACCCUUUCACCUUUGCCAAAUUAAAGAAAAAAUCUGCACCAAAACCAUGAUCUCGAAGCAACGGAACUCUGUGGGAUCUUCAACGGCCCCCACAGGGCAGUCCUUUUUGUCAGUUACAGUAACUGAUCCUGUCAAGAUGGGCAAUGGAGUCCAGGCUUAUGUUUCAUAUCGUGUCAUUACUAAGACAAACAUGCCUGAGUAUCAAGCCCCAGAAUUUCAUGUAAUCAGAAGAUACAGUGACUUUGUUUGGUUGCAUGAGCGGCUUGCUGAAAAGAACAAGGGGAUUUUUAUCCCACCCCUUCCAGAAAAAAGUGCUGUAGAGAAGUUCCGUUUUAGUGCAGAGUUUAUUGAGCUGAGGCGCCGUGGAUUAGAUGUCUUUUUAAAUAGAAUAGCUUCUCAUCCACAACUGCGACAAAAUGAAGAUUUAAAGUUCUUCUUACAAGUGAAUGAAGAGGCAAUGGACCGAACUAGAUCUGUAGAGAGUACCAUCUUUGGAAAGAAGCCCAGUGACUUUAUUCAAAUAUUUAAGGAUGUACAAACAAGGGUUAGUGAUGCUGUACUUGGCAAGGAAAAGCCAGUUGAAGAGAGUGACCCUGAAUAUGAAAAGCUUAAACAUUACGUUUUUGAAUUGGAAGAUCACUUGUCCGAGGCCCAAAAACAAGCAUUUCGUUUGGUGAAAAGGCAUAGAGAGCUGGGUCAGUCCUUGGUUGAUUUUGGGAAAGCAAUCAAGCUACUUGGUGACUGUGAAGGAGGUUCACUUGGAAAAGCAUUUUCAGCACUCGGAUCUCAGUCAGAGAUGCUGUCAUUCAAACUGCAGAAAGAGGCACAGGAUCUUCUACUGAACUUUGAAGAACCACUUAAGGACUAUGUACGUACGGUGCAGUCUAUAAAGGCAACUAUAGUCGAUAGAGCUCAAGCGUUCAGACAACAAUGUGAAUUGACAGAGACAGCCAAAUUGAAAGAGAUCAAUGUAGAGAGAUUGAAAGCUACGAGACAGGAGAGCAAAGUCCCAGAGGCAGAAGCAGAAUACAGAGAUCUUAAAAUUCAGAGUGAAGAAGCAACUAAACGGUUAGAGUCAAUCAUAAAAUUAAUGAAUCAGGAGAUCAAAAGAUUUCAGGAAGAGAAAACUCUUGAUUUAGGUUUCGUUUUUCAUGAAUUUGCAAAAGGUCAGGCACAACUUGCAAAUGAUAUCGCUGAGGCUUGGCGGAGCCUUCUUCCCAAAUUAGAUGACUGCUCCCAAGAUUCCGAAGCUAAAGCAACCAUAGAUUCUUCAGAUUAAUCCCAACCAAAAGAUGAUGAAUUCAGUUGGAAAAUGAUUUUGUACUUGUAGUGCAUAACCAGUCUGUAAAUAAAGUGUUAGUCUGAUUUGAGUUACUGCAAUUCUUGAAUAUUUGAGGCCAACCUGGUUAGCAUGAUAGAUGUUCAUAUCAAAAUUUGUCAUUAUGGUCAGUAUAUAUCUCUUAAAGCUUUUGCUUUGGAGCGAUAUUUUACAGGAGAAUGAUUCUCCAAACCCAUUUUUUUUCUGUUGAAAUUAGUGGAGGGGUCGUAUCCACUACCAUUUAUGCUAUAUUGGUUUCUGUUUUAUGAACAUGUAUCAUAGUCAAGGCCUGGAACUACUAUCUCAGUUUUGUGGAACUCACUUUUCUCUGAAAAUUUACAAAUGGAAGUUCACAGUGCCUGCAAAAGUUUCAUA